AUGUAUACAAACGCGUACCACCACUGUCUACCAUCACCGGAUACAGCUACCGUCUACCAUCACCGGAUACAGCCACCAUCUACCAUCACCGGAUACAGCUACCGUCUACCAUCACCGGAUACAGCCACCAUCUACCAUCACCGGAUACAGCUACCGUCUACCAUCACCGGAUACAGCCACCAUCUACCAUCACCGGAUACAGCUACCGUCUACCAUCAUCGGAUACAGCCACCGUCUACCAUCACCGGAUACAGCUACCGUCUACCAUCACCGGAUACAGCCACCAUCUACCAUCACCGGAUACAGCCACCAUCUACCAUCACCGGAUACAGCUACCGUCUACCAUCACCGGAUACAGCCACCAUCUACCAUCACCGGAUACAGCCACCAUCUACCAUCACCGGAUACAGCUACCGUCUACCAUCACCGGAUACAGCCACCAUCUACCAUCACCGGAUACAGCUACCGUCUACCAUCACCGGAUACAGCCACCAUCUACCAUCACCGGAUACAGCCACCAUCUACCAUCACCGGAUACAGCUACCGUCUACCAUCACCGGAUACAGCCACCAUCUACCAUCAUCGGAUACAGCCACUGUCUACCAUCACCGGAUACAGCCACCAUCUACCAUCACCGGAUACAGCCACCAUCUACCAUCACCGGAUACAGCCACUGUCUACCAUCACCGGAUACAGCCACCAUCUACCAUCACCGGAUACAGCCACUGUCUACCAUCACCGGAUACAGCUACCGUCUACCAUCACCGGAUACAGCUACCAUCUACCAUCACCGGAUACAGCUACCGUCUACCAUCACCGGAUACAGCCACCAUCUACCAUCACCGGAUACAGCCACCAUCUACCAUCACCGGAUACAGCCACCAUCUACCAUCACCGGAUACAGCCACUGUCUACCAUCACCGGAUACACAGUCUACCAUCACCGGAUCCACCGUCUACCAUCACCGGAUACAGCCACCGUCUACCAUCACCGGAUACAGCCACUGUCUACCAUCACCGGAUACAGCCACUGUCUACCAUCAUCGGAUACAGCCACUGUCUACCAUCAUCGGAUACAGCCACCGUCUACCAUCAUCGGAUACAGCCACCGUCUACCAUCACCGGAUACAGCCACUGUCUACCAUCACCGGAUACAGCCACCAUCUACCAUCACCGGAUACAGCCACCAUCUACCAUCACCGGAUACAGCCACCAUCUACCAUCACCGGAUACAGCCACCGUCUACCAUCACCGGAUACAGCCACCGUCUACCAUCACCGGAUACAGCCACCGUCUACCAUCACCGGAUACAGCCACCGUCUACCAUCACCGGAUACAGCCACCAUCUACCAUCACCGGAUACAGCCACCGUCUACCAUCACCGGAUACAGCCACCGUCUACCAUCACCGGAUACAGCCACCAUCUACCAUCACCGGAUACAGCCACCAUCUACCAUCACCGGAUACAGCCACCAUCUACCAUCACCGGAUACAGCCACUGUCUACCAUCACCGGAUACAGCUACCGUCUACCAUCACCGGAUACAGCCACUACCAUCACCGGAUACAGCCACUACCAUCACCGGAUACAGCCACUACCAUCACCGGAUACAGCCACCAUCUACCAUCACCGGAUACAGCCACCAUCUACCACCGGAUACAGCCACCAUCUACCAUCACCGGAUACAGCCACCGUCUACCAUCACCGGAUACAGCCACUACCAUCACCGGAUACAGCCACCAUCUACCAUCACCGGAUACAGCCACCGUCUACCAUCACCGGAUACAGCCACUACCAUCACCGGAUACAGCCACCGUCUACCAUCACCGGAUACAGCCACCACCAACAGCAAGACAACAACUUUAACUUCGUGCGCAGGAAAACGGAGACGAAAACUUUUUUCUAUAUCGCAGCAGAUUCACCAUUAAACAUGUUAGUUUGGGUGGCCACUGAAAGAUCUCAUUAA